CUCUUGUUUUGCUCACAGAAUGGACUGGUGCCCAUCGUGGAGCCUGAAGUGUUGUGUGAUGGGGACCAUGAUCUGGAAACGGCACAGAAAGUCACAGAACAGGUUCUGGCCUUUACCUACAAGGCUCUUUCAGACCAUCAUGUUUACCUGGAAGGGACUCUUCUUAAACCAAACAUGGUGACCGCUGGUCAGUCUUGCGCAAAGAAAUACAAACCUGAGGAUAAUGCUCGUGCCACUGUCCAAGCUCUCAGCCGAGCUGUGCCUGCCGCAGUACCAGGUAUCACGUUUUUAUCUGGUGGACAGUCCGAAGUUAGUGCCACUGAAAACCUUAAUGCCAUAAACCAAUACCAAGGACGUAAGCCAUGGGCACUUAGCUUCUCCUUCGGCCGAGCCCUCCAAGCCAGUGUCCUUAAAGCUUGGCAAGGUCAAGACAGCAAUCUGGCCAAUGCUCAAGCCACACUCAUUAACCGAGCAAAACUGAAUGGACUGGCAGCCAUGGGUCAGUACAAUGGAGAAGAUGGAAGCUCAGCGGCCAGCGAAUCCCUGUUUGUCCCUAAACAUACCUACUAACAACCUCUUCCGAUGGAUAACCUUGAAGGAGGAUUUCAACAUCAAAAAAUUAUAAAAUAUCCGCAGUUUCGUUCUAUUUUCUCCAGCAAAAUUGAGUCAUCUUUAUAUUAUCAUGUUGAAGAACACUUUAAUAUGUGAGCUUAAUGUACAUCUAACUUUAUUUAAGGUGGAGUUCAGUUAGGGCAGGGUUGUUAAAAGGUCACUGUUCCAUCUAAGGGAGGCUACUCUUGUAAUGAACUAUAUUGUAUUACAAAGAGCUGUCAGUAACAUAACAGUUAAACCGUGUCAGUCAUCACAUGAUGAAUGACACCAAAAAUAAAUCUCCACUUGUCCGAUUAAAGGGAGACUACUCCAUACAUACAUGCUAAUGAAAUAAGUCAUAUGGGACUAUUGAAAUUAUUUUUUGUGAUAUUCUCAGUAUAAUUUACCAAAAUUAUGGAAUAUUUAAAAUUUUCAUUUAACAUCCUACAUGCUGACAAAUUUUAAGUUUAUAAAUUACAUAUAUGGUCAGUAUUUAUUACAUAAGAAAUGCUGUGAAUAAGCUUUGUUUUUUUAUUUUUCAGAAAAUGUAGCAAAAUAUUGUGAUUAAUUGUUUCGAAAAAAUCUAUUUUUUAUUUUGAAAUAAUGAUUUGAACAUGUCUGCUAUUGCUCACCAAAGCUUCAGAGAAUGGAAAUAUUUGUAAAUGUUUUAAUUUGACGGCAUGAAUAAGAAGAUAGUUAUAGAUGUUGUAGGAGGUGGACAGUACGUUUCACUGCUAGAUGGGUGUAAGUUAUAGAAUGUAGAGAGUGAGUCGGGGUAUAUUUGGCAUCUAACCAGAGAAAUAGUAGAUUAGACAAGUAUCAUUUUACCUUGAGCUCUUUUGAUAUUACUGAAAUAUCUUUCAUGUAAUAAUUAUACCUACUGAAAGUAAUUUUUAGCUAUAAUUUUAGAUUAGUUUCAGAAUAUAACUUACAUGUAUGUUUUUAUUCAAUCCGUAUUUUAGUUCUGGUUGAUACAGGAAUUCAGAUAACACAAGUUUUGUUUACAUAAGAAAAUACACAAUGAUAUUUGUUUGGAAAAAUUUUGUAGUAAAAUUACUUUUAUUUCCUUAUCAUAAUGUAUUUUGAUAUAUAUCUGUACAUUAAUUUAAGGGGACAUGUCAUUUCUGUUUAAAACCAACAAUUUGUAUUGUUUAUGUAUAAAGGCUAACAUUGUUGCUUAAUCAAUGAAAAUACAAUUUAAAAACAAUUUUACCAAUCGACAAUGUUCACAAAGAAAUAGUGAUUAAGCGAAACCGAUGUGGAGACGGUGACACUUCAAGCAGUCAGUGUUAAAGAAGCAAUAUAGAAGGUCAUAUUACCUGUAUUUUCUUGUAGAUUUUAAUGACCUUGUGGAGACGGAAGCCAUAUCAACUGUAUGUUUUUUGUAGAUUUUAAUGAUCUUGUGAGAAGGAAGUUCGACUUUGUCAUUGUCUUGGUCUCAUUCACAUAUUUUUAAACUGUUAACAAUAAACCGGAGGGAUUAUUUUUAUAA